ACACCUAACCCUAGUCUCUGUGUCGGCACUUGAAAGCUACACACUAUCAUCGGCCACGCGACGUCGCGACGGCAUCGCUACAGCUGACCGGUUGACGUGGGGCUGGCUCCACGCGUCAGCCCCCGAAGGUAACUGCAGACGAACGUUUACCUUGGCCACUCCUUCACGUCCAUGGCCACACCCUUCCGGUUCGCGCGUGCACCCAGCCACCCACCAACCCCUGCCUCCGCCGCAGUGCCUGCCAUCACCGUCGUGCGCCAUUCCCAAUCUUGCUGGCGUUUCUUAUCCACGAGUUUUCUUCUCUAGUGACUACUUUCUUCCAUGCUGUGCUGUGUCUAACCCCGGCCGAGCUUUCUUCAUUGAUUCUCUCCAUGCCGAGCUGACAUUGUUGGGCCCUGCGACAUCAUCUUUUUCCUACCACUGCUGGUUGUUCCCUGGUUCAAAGGUAGACAAGCCACUUCAUUCUCUUUUUGUAUUCCUCAUGCUUUGCUUCUGUUGGAGCUUACUUAUCCCUAGUAUAUAAUUGCUUACAUACUCCUUCUAUCUAUCUAUCGUGUAGUGUGUCAGUGUGUGAGGUCAUAGGUUAUUGGAUUAGUGUGAGCUAAACUCAGGGUCAAACUCACGAGUAUGGACUGGUGCUAAGCCUCACAAGGUUCAAUGACAAUUGGCAGCGAGUCAGGGGGAAUUUUAUUGGCAGUUGUUCUUGUGAAGUAUUUCUUGCAGGACCAGUGAGUGUGAGUCAGGAGAGUUUUGUUAGUGACAGUGAUGGAUAGGACCAAGAACCUAGGUCUACAUUCGACUGGAGGGGGUGAAAGUGGUUAGGAGUCAUCUUGCCCUCCUAGGCAUGACAUGGGUAAAGCAGUUGUGCCCCAAAAAACAAUAAGUGUGAGCGGCUAGAAAGGGAUGCACAGAAUGCUUUCUCUCUUGCAGCUCUUUCAUAGCAAUGGCCUUUAUGUUUGGAGGCUAACCCAGGCAUCCAUCACUCUUCUCCCAAAGAAAAAAAAGAUGCCAACACCGUCGAGGUUUUCAGGCCAAUCAGUAUCAUUUCGAGAUUCAUCAAAAUCGUUUCAAAGAAGAGGAACAAACAUUGUCUUUAACAACACAGUGGCACCAACAACCGAUAGAGCUAAGCUAGGUGGUACAGGUGGUUAUAUAUAGUACUUAGAGAUUUAGAGGCAGCCAACCCGGUGGCCCACCUCACGCCUUAAGAGGGAUGGAUUCGGUCUGGAGAUCCGAAUUAUUCGUAUUCGGAUAAAGUGCUAAUAUGGAUAUUCAUAUUCGUAUUCAAUUUUAAUAUGGAUGUUAAAUAGACAUAUCCGAAUUCGUUUUUUCUCUAUCCGGUUUAAGAUUCGUAUUCGACAACAUUCGACAAAACCGUGAAAUAUCCGAUACUAUUCGUAUCCGAAAGGAAAAAGUAUUCAAUAAAAUCAAUUUAAACUUAUUUUUAUUACUAAUUACUAAUUACAAGUGAUUUUAAACAUUAAAUAAUAUACUAAAAACUGAAGUACACCAUUUAAAAUGUUAAAAAUAUUUAUGUCAUAAACAAAUGACUGUGUUAAUCUUACAUUACUAGUGAUAUACAAUGAUAAAUUUUAAUUAAUAUUAAAAAGUCUAAUUUUGAGUACAUUAGAUUAUUGGAGUUUUAGAGUCCAAUAUACAAAUAUACUUAAUAUACAAAAAAAUAUAUUUAGAGUCCAAAAUAUAAAUAUACCAGGUCUAAAUAAUUUAUUUAAAAAUAUGAUAUUCAACUAAGUUUCAACUAAAUAAUGUAUAUGUACUAUUGUUCAUAAUUUGCUUGUAAUAUGAUUUUUAUCAAUUAUAAAUCCAUCGAUAAAACAAAUUAAUACUUGUUAUGAUGCUAUGUUCCAAAUCAAGUAAGUAUCCGAAUGUAAAUCCGAAUUCGAACUAUCUGUUUUGUAUUUGUAUCCGAUAAUAUUCGUAUUCGGAUUAAAAUAUGGUAAAUAGUGACAUUCGGAUCUGUUUCCAUUCGUAUCCGAUCCGAAUCCAUCCCGUCCCGAGAGGGUGUACCUACCAGUACCAGGGGUGUGGCUGGAUGAACAGCUCACUCUCACGCUGGUUUGCCGAAACAAUUGCAAAAGGAACUAAAAAAAAUGUGAAACAUCCUUUAAAACCUGAUCAAUUUUAGGCAGCCUUUGCAUGCAAAACAUGCCAUUAAUAGAUAUAUAAGAUAUCGCGUGGGAUCAGAGGCUGCUGAAUUCGUUGCCUCCCUGUUGUUUGUGGUUGUGGCCAAUCCUUCUCCUAUCUCGUCCCGGAGUCCCGGGGGAAAUUUUGCCCCAGAAACACUAGCGCGUCGGAUCACAAGCAAGGGCGAAAAUUUUCUGUGGCUCCAGCGGCUGAAGGACGCUGCGGCACCCAUGUCGGACGACACUGGUGGCCGCGCUCUACCCAAGUUCGGCGAGUGGGACGUGAACAACCCGGCGUCCGCGGACGGGUUCACGGUCAUCUUCAGCAAGGCCAGGGACGAGAAGAAAGCUCCCCCGACCCAAGGCCACAUCAGGAACAACAGGUCGGUGUCGGCUGACAGCAAGGACUCCAGGGCCGAGAAGAUGACCUCCUACAACGCCAGGACCAACGCGUCGAAGAAAUGGUUCUGCUGUGUCUCGCCCAGCCCCACACAAUCUUGAGGAAGCUAACGACAGAGAAAUGGUCCAUUGCAUCGCUGCGGCUGGCAGACCGGCCGCGAGUGAACUCUCCGGAUACUUGCCAGUGACAGUGUAUAGCCGCCGUUGCAAAUGACAGUGUAUAGCGUUCUUAGCUGCCUGUGCAUACCGUCAGUUCAGGUUGAUGUCUGCUUGUAAUUUUUCUUUUCUCGCCUCUUCUCUACGGUGUGUAACCCUUCCUCAGCGUUAAUCCUCCUGCUGCAUUUUGCUGUAACUUGGGCGAGGGUGGAUUUGUUUCGGCUCUGACCAAAACCAGGUCACAGCGAAUUCUCAGAUUGCUGCAGUGACCGCCACCAACCUGACAAACAAAAAUGCUGCGACGUUUUCAGAGCUGUAGAGGAUGUUCUCAUGGAAAUACGUUAUAUAUUCAUAUAAUUCUUAUAACUUUCACUAUCGGA